ACUCUAUUAGAUCGAUCGCAGAACAAAGAAAAAAAGAAAAAAACGAACUUCCGAUUCAGUAAAGAAGGGUUUUUUAGUUAUUAAAUCUUCUUCGUUCGAGUAAAAAAAAAGAUGAGCAGAGGAAGCGGCGGUGGCUACGAUCGUCACAUCACUAUCUUCUCUCCAGAAGGUCGUCUCUUCCAAGUCGAGUAUGCAUUCAAAGCCGUGAAAGCAGCUGGAAUCACAUCGAUCGGUGUUCGUGGAAAAGAUUCAGUUUGCGUUGUUACCCAGAAGAAAGUUCCAGACAAGCUUUUAGAUCAGUCAAGCGUAACUCACCUUUUCCCUGUAACCAAGUACCUUGGAUUGUUAGCUACUGGCAUUACAGCUGAUUCAAGGUCAUUGGUGACACAAGCAAGAAAUGAGGCGGCUGAGUUUAGGUUUCAAUAUGGAUACGAGAUGCCUGCCGACAUUCUUGCUAAAUGGAUUGCCGAUAAGUCACAGGUCUACACUCAACAUGCUUACAUGAGACCUCUUGGAGUAGUUGCCAUGGUUCUCGGUAUUGAUGAAGAGAGAGGACCCCUGCUUUACAAGUGUGACCCAGCUGGACAUUUUUACGGUCACAAGGCAACUAGUGCUGGUGUGAAAGAGCAAGAAGCUAUCAAUUUCUUGGAGAAGAAAAUGAAAGAAAACCCUGCUUUCACAUAUGAUGAAACAGUGCAGACUGCCAUAUCCGCUCUGCAAUCUGUUCUUCAAGAAGACUUCAAGGCAACUGAGAUUGAGGUGGGAGUUGUGAGAGCUGAUAACCGUAUCUUCCGUUCCCUGGAAACGGAGGAGAUUGAGGAGCAUUUGACGGCCAUUAGUGAGCGCGACUGAUCACUACUUUUCGAUGUAACAUUGAAUCAGACUCUUAUAAUGCAUCUCUUUCUUUCGCUUAAAAUCUUCAAGAUUCACGACUAUACACGGAACAACACGCACGUUACAUUA